AUGACCAAGUCAGGCACUGCAUAUGCAGAGGCAGAGCUAGGCAAGGGCAAUACCCAAGAGCAUGUGGAAGAAGUAGCACUCGCACGCGUGACAGAGGAGGAUCUGUGGAAGCUCUCACAGGAAUCUUUGAAUUUCUGGUCAUGGACAGGAUUCCGUCUUGGUCUCAUCAUGUUCAUCCAUGGCUGCAACCAAGCCGGCUUUGGAGUCGACUGGGGUGUUAUCGGCGGCAUCAACUCGAUGGUCCCAUGGCAUGACUAUUUUGGAUUUGGUACGGCAGGCGGUACAUACGGUUUACUCAAUGCCCUCAUGCAGAUCGGCACUGUCUGCGGUUCGCCGUUCAUGGCUCUGGCAGAUGUCAUUGGCCGUCGGGGUAUCAACUUUACAGGUAAUGCCAUUGUCAUCUUCGCAUCGCUUAUGCAAGGUCUUGCAACAAACCUCCCCAUGUUCAUGGCGGGUCGGUUCUUCAUGGGGUUCGGCACAGCACUCAUGUCCAGCUCCCAGUAUAUUGGUGAGAUAGCACCUAUUCAUCUACGGGGUCGCAUGGUGGGAUUCUUUGGGGCCUGCUUCCAAGUCGGCAGUCUGGUCAUGCUUGGUGCCAUGGUUGGGCUCACCAAUCUGCCAGGCAACAACUGCUGGCGCAUUCCUCUCAUUCUUGAGGCCUUGUUCCCAGCAAUCGUCUGCCUGGGUAUCUAUCUUCUCACACCAGAAUCACCUCGAUUCCACGUAUUGAACGGCAAUCGACAGAAGGCUAAAGAGAUCAUUGCCAAAUACCACACCACUAGCACCGAUAUUAAUGAGCCCAUUGUCGAAAUCGUGGUCAGACAGAUUGAAGAAAGUCUCGAAAAUGAUCCAACAGGCUAUAGAGCAUUCUGGGACUACCGAGUCUUCUUCACUAAAGUAGCUCGCUAUCGACUCCUCGUUUUGUUUUUGUAUUCGUUGUUCCAGCAAUGGAACGGUGGUGGCAUCAUCACCUACUAUUUGGUUCCAUCGCUGGAGCAGCUAAAUAUCGAUGGCCCCAAACAGCAACUCGGCAUCACCAUCGGUACUACUGCGGUAUACUUCGUGUUUACAGCUGUUGGCUCCCUCUUGGUCGACAAAUUCCGCAGACGAACCUUGAUAUUUAUUGGUCUCAUUAGCAUGAUUGUCUUUCAGACCGCGACGACAAUCACAUCAUGGCAAUAUUCGCUGCAGGCCACCUCGGCCACGGCUGCCCUCACGCUUCUGUGGAUAUUCCUCUAUCAGACCUUCUCCGCGACAUUUGUUGCUACCAUGCACAAUUUGUAUCCGAUCGAGAUCCUGUCAUUGCCCCUGCGUGCAAAGGGAAUGGGGCUAUACAGUCUCAUUCAAGGCGGCGCAGGGGCCGCACAGUCUUACGGAAUCGGAGUCGGUAUUGCAAAAGUUGGAUACAAGAUUUGGGUCGUGUACAUUGCGUACAACUCUAUUCAGCUCGUCCUGUCCUAUUUCUUCUUCCCCGAGACUGGCGGUCUAGCUCUAGAGGAAAUCAACACCGUGUUUGAAACACCGGGUAUCCACCCUGUGAAGAUGUCGUUGGAUAUUCAGAAGGCCAAGAAGGCCAGAGCGGAUGCGGAACGGGACGAGGAGGGAAACGCUGAGCUAUAG